GAAAGUUUUGCCAGUUUUUCAACACCUCACCACAAUGAAUUUGGACGAAAAGCAGACCAAAUCUGCUGUCACAGCUCUUGUCAAACAUGUCAAGUCAAAAAACGCAAAUGAUCUCAUCGAAGACGAAUCUGUGAUCUGGUUGAUUGUCGGCACCAAGAAGAUCCCUGACACAAGAAAAGCUAUGCCCAAGCGAUUGAACUUGAAGUACUCUGUUCUUCAAAGCGAUGCUGAGGUGUGCUUAUUCACCAAAGAUCCUCAGAAGGAAUUCAAAGAGCUCUUGGCUUCUAAGCAGGUCAAGCGUGUCAACAAGGUUAUUGGCAUUUCAAAAUUACGAGACAAGUACAAGCCUUUCGAAGCAAAGAGAAAGCUUUGCGCAGCAUAUGGCAUGUUCUUGGCAGACGAUAGAGUCAUCCCUCUUCUGCCAAAGUUGCUUGGAAAGGAGUUCUUCUUGAAGAAGAAGCAACCCAUUCCUGUUGAUAUGAAGAAGUCUAACUUGAAAGCUGAGAUUGAGAAGGCGUUGAGCUCCACAUAUAUGCAUUUGAACGGUGGAUCUUGCAGUGCCAUCAAGGUUGGAACAACAGCCUUGAGCGAACAACAUAUUUUCGAAAACAUCAUGUCUGUUGUCCCACAAGUUGCUGACAACAUCCCCAAGAAAUGGAAAAACAUUCAGUCAAUCAACAUAAAAACAUCUGACUCUAUCAGUCUUCCCAUAUACAACUCCCUACCUGAAGAGGUGCAAUCCAUCUCAAUCAAGCACAAUGGCGCCAAGCAAAGAGUCGAGGAAGAUGAGGAAGCGAGUGAUAGCGACGAAGAAUGAAGCUAUACAUAGAAUAAUUAAAUACUUCCAUAGUGUAUAUACACCAAAUUCACGAAUACAAUUACCACCAAAAUGUUCACGUUCUUGUUACAGUACUUGAUGUGUCUGCCGUUCAUUUUUCUAAACUCGAUCAUCC